CCACAGGUGAUGCGAGUCAAUAGCGCACCGUUGAACGCGUGGGAGAGACUCAGCCUAUCUCAUUACAGCCGCGAACUUCAUCUGGUACAAGAGUCAUUUCUUGUGUGAGACUGCAGUUAUUUCAACUUCUUGAGGAGCAGGCAUGGAUACAGCGCGGGCAGCCAGGGCGCAUAUUAUCUGGACAUUGAUAGCUUUGGUCUUUAUUUUAAUCGCGUCGUGCUUGACGUAUGUCUUCAUGUCGAAGGUGUCUGGAUGCCAAAGAAUUAGAACCGUGAAUGUCUCUGCAAUAGAAAGUAUGUUCUCAAGAAAGUAUGUUCAUCAAAUCUCACAGGAACACUGGCUUUUGACAGCUCGGGGCUACAAUCAGACAGGUGAUUGGUUGAUCUGGGAGGAUGAGUGGCACGGAUACAGGGAUAAGAAUGAGAGUAUUCUGGACCACACCAACAUGUCGAUGAUCAUUCGAGAGAAAGGUGUCUACCUGGUCUACAUACAAGUUAACUUCCAACUGAACCCACAGAAGAACAGCAGCUCUACUGUAGAACUCAAAAUUUUAGUGUAUUUCAGUUCUGAUGGGGAGAAGCAGCUAUUUGCAGCCGCACACGACACUCAGGUGGUGAUUGACUCACCUCAGGACGCCAAGCUCAACACUUUCCUUCUGAUGAAAAUGCAGCCAACAAGCCAGUUAUCAGUGAGAGUAUUUCCGAGUGAAUUUGUGAACUGCACACCACAACCCUUUUCCAGUUUUAUCACUAUCAUAAAAUGGGCAGAUGACUGGUAGAUUGUUGCAUAUAUUGCAGAAGUUUUUGGCUUUCCAGGUGAAAACCAUAUCCAUGUCCAGUUUUUACAAUGGCGGUUGUUCUUAUAUUUUUGUUAGCUUUAAAUGUGACAUUUUAGGAAGAAUGCGGUCUCAAGAUCAGCUGCUAGAACACCUGAGAUUUUCCAGCUGUUUGUUGUACUAGGAAAUGCUCGCUGACAUUAACAAGGAUUGCGUGGGGGGUUGUGAUACUUUCUUGGUGUUUUUCUUCUUCCUUUCGAAAUAUGAAGAUCACAUCUCAUGAUCUUCUCAGAAGCAUGACACAUUUUCCUCUCAACAGAUAUAUGUUAGGUUUGUUUUGUUUCAGUUUUUUUUAUGAGUCAAGAUGAAAAAAGGGCACGAUAUACUGUUAAUGAGCACUGACUUUGAAGAUUCUCAUGUAUUACGUACAUAAAAGAUGUCAUAAGUGCCUGCAAACGAACAUUGUUUUACUAAACAAUAGUAAGCUAAUUCUGAGCAAGUGGGUAUUUCUGCGGUGAAAGGCAUCUUCCUGUGUAUAUAUAAUCAUAGUGUUUUUUUUUAAUCAUCGACAGCUGAAUGUAAAAACCUCUUAACCUAUCUUUGUCUAGCAUCAGUGUUUGACAUAAAUGUUCAUUGUAUCAAAAGCUAUGGAGCAAUAUUUUGUGUAAAUAUGUGCUUCUUUUCAAGACAAGAAACCAGCUUUUUUUUCAAAGUUCUUGAAAUGUGGAGCUAGUUUUUAGCUGUAAGCAGAUUCAUCCAGCCACAGAAGCAUUUAUUUGUUCAUGCAGGGAUGUCAUGGAAUUAUUUUUUCUUAUGGGGGUGACUAGGGGUGGGUUUUUUUUUCCACAUUCAAAAAAACCCACUAGUUACACUAAUCCAAUCAGUCAAACAAGCCAUAUGAAUCUGAACAACAUCAGCUGUUUUAAUAAGACAGCGGAGUGUUUUUCUUUUCUAGCGAGUGGGAAAGUUUCUUUUUCAAACCCAGUAUUUUUUCAGUCAGGAAAAUACCAUUUAUGAUGAUGCUUACUUUUUUUGUAUUCAGAUGAAUCAAACCUGCUAAGUCUUAAGAAUAUGUUUAAAUAAGAGACUAAAUAUGAAUUUUUUUUUUUUUAUGAAAGUUUUGUUCUUUCACAGCUAAGCCCUUACUUGUGUUGUAACUAA